GUGAAUUACAACAGAGUCAAACCGCAGAGGAAGAGUGAGAGAAAUCGGAGAAACCGCAGCAGCUUUUCAAUGAAUUACACAGCAGCAACAUGCGUUUACCAGCAACGCCUGCCUUGAACAUCACAACAAACUAGGAUAUAAGGUCCCCUGGUGGGCUGGUUCCUCUCCUCUUUGCAUCUCCUCGUCCAUUUCUCCUCCUCCUCUGUACUCUAGAACCCUUUGAGGAGUGAGACCAUGGCUCUUUUUUCCUCUCUACGCACCCCUGUCCUCCUCCUUUCUCUCUUCCUCGUCUUUUCUCUGCCUCCUUCCUGUUUCCCGGAGUCCCAGCAUGAAGAACCGUCUCUCCAGCCCUCUGUCUCUCCAGAUGCUUCUCCAGAGACCUACAGUAACCUGACAGAUAAAGAUGACGGCGCUGUUCUUAACAAGAAGUGCAGCGAACCGGUCGUGUGCAAACCUGGAAUUAUCCUGCCCGUAUGGAAGCCCAUUAAUCCCAGUCUCGCAGAACAGAUCGCCCGGGCCGUCUUGUACUUCGUCUCUCUCAUGUAUCUGUUUCUGGGAGUGUCCAUCAUCGCUGACAGAUUCAUGGCAUCUAUUGAAGUCAUCACAUCACAGGAAAAAGAGGUGACCAUCACCAUGCCCAACGGAGAAACAUCAGUGGCAACCGUUAGAAUCUGGAAUGAAACCGUUUCUAACUUGACCCUGAUGGCACUUGGGUCAUCUGCCCCUGAAAUUCUCCUGUCAGUCAUUGAGGUAUGUGGUCAUGGUUUUGAGUCUGGUGAGCUGGGUCCGGGCACCAUCGUGGGCAGCGCUGCCUUUAAUAUGUUUGUGAUCAUUGGGAUCUGUGUGUGGGUGAUUCCUGAUGGUGAGGUGAGGAAGAUCAAACAUCUCAGAGUCUUUUUCAUCACGGCCUUCUGGAGUAUCUUCGCUUAUAUUUGGCUCUACCUGAUCCUGUCCAUCAUCUCACCGGGAGUCGUGGAGGUAUGGGAAGCACUAGUUACUCUCUGUUAUUUCCCCAUCUGUGUGAUCCUGGCUUGGAUUGCCGACCGCCGUCUCCUCUUCUACAAGUACAUGUCAAAGCGCUACCGUGCCGACAAAAGAACAGGGGUUGUUGUGGAGACGGAGGGGGAGAUGACUCCUAAAGGUAUGGAGAGGUUGAUAGAUGGGAAGUUUCCACUGAGGGGUGGAGCUGUAGGAUUCAGUACACAGGAAAAUUGCCAGGACGGAACCAGUAACACAACAGGUGCCAUGGCAACUCUACCCAACUCCAACAGCACGACCAUUUACAUGGAUGGCGCCAAAGACCUGGAUGAGAGUCGUAAAGAAGGAAUCCGUAUCCUGAAGGAUCUAAAGCAGAAAUAUCCAGAUAAGGAAUUGGAUCAACUGGUGGAGCUGGCCAACUACUACGCCCUUCUCCAUCAACAGAAAAGUCGUGCCUUUUACCGCAUCCAGGCCACGCGCAUGAUGAUCGGAGCUGGUAACGUGUUGAAGAAACAUGCAGCUGAUCAUGCUCGCCGUGCUGCCAUGGUGGGCGGUGACGAGGCUUCAGAAGAGGACGACUUGGCCGUCUGCAGUCACAUUUCCUUCGAAAGCACACACAUCCAGUGCAUGGAGAACUGUGGCACAAUUGCGAUAGCUGUGGUGUGUCGAGGAGGUUUUGGAGAGAGCACGUUCUAUAUUGACUACUGUACAGAAGACGGUACGGCCAACGCAGGCUCAGAUUACGAAUACUGUGAAGGAACGCUGGUGUUCAAACCAGGAGAAACCAGAAAAGAGAUUAAGGUGGGCAUCAUCGAUGAUGAAAUCUUUGAGGAGGAUGAACAUUUCUUUGUGCGUUUGCUGAAUCUGCGUGUCGGUGAUGCGGAGGGUAUGUUUGAGAGUGACAACACGGAGCAGGGUCCCAAGGCUCGGCUGGUGGAACCACUGAUGGCCACAGUCACCAUCCUGGAUGACGACCACGCAGGGAUCUUCACUUUUACAGACCGUCUGGUGCGAGUGAGCGAGAGCGUGGGAACCAUGGAAGUGACGGUGGUCCGGAACUCCGGCGCCCGUGGAACUGUCAUCAUUCCAUACCACACGGAGCCUGGAACAGCCCAGGGGGGAGGGGUUGAUUUCGAGGACACACAUGGAGAGCUGGAGUUCACCAAUGACCAGACAACUCAGACUCUCCAGGUGAGGAUCAUUGAUGAUGAAGAGUACGAGAAACAUGAAAACUUCUUCAUCGUUCUCGAGGAACCUCGCUGGCUGAAGAGAGGAAUAUCAGCCCUGCUGCUGAACCAAGAGGAUCCAGAGGGACAACUGAGUGCAGAAGAGGAGGAGGCGAGGAAGAUAGCAGAGAUGGGGAAACCCAUUCUGGGGGAGCACAGCCGACUGGAGGUUGUGAUCGAGGAAUCUUACGAAUUUAAGAGUACUGUUGAUAAACUGAUCAAGAAGACUAACCUGGCGCUGGUCAUCGGCACUCAUUCUUGGAGAGAGCAAUUCGUUGAGGCUGUGACCGUCAGUGCAGGUGAUGGGGAUGAAGAUGAUGAGGAGGGUCGUGAGGAACGUCUUCCGUCCUGCUACGAUUACAUCAUGCAUUUCCUGACAGUCUUCUGGAAGGUUCUGUUUGCGUUCGUUCCACCCACGGAAUACUGGAAUGGUUGGGCCUGCUUCAUCGUGUCCAUCACUGGAAUUGGGAUCCUCACUGCAAUCAUCGGGGAUGUGGCGUCUCACUUCGGUUGCACUAUAGGCCUGCGCGACACUGUCACUGCGGUGGUGUUUGUGGCUCUGGGCACCUCUAUCCCAGACACAUUCGCCAGUAAAGUCGCUGCUACUCAAGAUCAGUAUGCAGAUGCAUCCAUCGGAAACGUCACUGGCAGCAAUGCCGUUAAUGUUUUUCUGGGUAUUGGUGUGGCUUGGUCUGUAGCGGCGGUCUACUGGGCCAUCCAGGGCAAGCGAUUUUAUGUGGACCCUGGGUCGCUUGCCUUCUCCGUCACCCUGUUCACUAUUUUUGCCUUCAUCUGCAUGGGGGUACUGCUCUUCCGGCGUCGACCGUCUAUCGGCGGAGAGCUGGGCGGACCACGUGUCCCACGCCUCCUCACUACCCUCCUCUUUCUGGGUCUGUGGUUCCUCUAUAUUCUCUUCUCCAGCCUAGAGGCCUAUUGCCAUAUCGAGGGCUUCUGAAAACCACUCAGAGGAGAAAUGCAAGUCGCAAAUACAGAAAACACUUUUUACAUAACACACUGAUAUUUCCAAACAAAUUUAGGGUGAUUUUGAAGCUGGAAGCCAGUGUGAGGGUCUUAGUUUUGCUGUACACAUUUCAUAAGUUAAGUACACACAAACACAGAUGCAAAUCUUUACACAAUUAGUGAAUCGCUGAAUGCCCUUAUACAAAGAUUAUUCAACUUGAAGUGACCAUGAACCCCGGUAGUAACAACAAAGAGGGGUUAGUUCAGGACCAGAGGUGGAACAGAGAUAAAAUAAGGAGUAAGUGUUGGAGAGAGGAGCUUACGAAAAAGUAAAGCAAAGCAUGUAGCAAAGUAGGCCAAAAGGGAGUGUAAUGUACUAAAACAAAAGAGAGGGCAAUGCUGUAAAAUAGUCACAUAUUUAUCUUUUCGACUCUCAAGCUCAUGGGCUAAAUUGAUGACUUUGGAUUCCCGUAGGAAGGUGGGCACUCCAGACAUUUAGUACAUUGUUACAUUACAGGGCUGUGUAUGGUUCAGUGACACAAUAAAAAAGUAUAAAGAUAAAAGAUUUCUUUAGAACAAACAGACAAACUUUUAUCAUGGCAAAGUUUGAGAUGUGCAGCAUUUAAAAUGCUUUAAAAAAAAAAAUAAAUGCUGCAUAACAUAACAGAUCAGUAGUUUUGAUUGGUCUUUGUAGGCUAUAUCAGACACUACAAAGUUGUGAAAGGUGUUCCAGUACUACUUCUGUAAGCCGGGUGUACACUAUGUGAUUUAUUUAUUUUUGUUCUUUACAAGUGUUGCCUGUCAAUAUACAAUAUUAGUGAGAUCUUGGGUAAAAGCUAAGAAAGACCUAGCUUUGCUACAUCAUCAUCUUCUAUCUCUCAUCAUCUUUGUCAGAUUGCACGAUAUACAUCUUACCUAACUUUGGUCAUGAUUGACAGCAUUGAAACAGUGUCAUGUAUCCUUAUUGACACAGGAAAUUGAAAUAGUACCAUGUAAAUCGAUGCAAUCCCUUGUUGCACUGAUUUUGGCAAUGAGCAAAUUUACAUGCACACAAAUCCGCUGAUACCUACCAAAAAUGAGCUUAUUAAAAAAAUCAGACAACGCAAGAACCCCGCAUUUAAAUGUAUUUUGUAAUCAUUGUUUUAUUUGUUGCUUUUGACUUGAAAACGUAAACAGUCAUGCGCACAACACUUACGCACAAUUUACACAUGGUCAGGAGCAGUAUAAAUUUUCUUCGUACCAACUAAAUUUUUGAAAAUACAAAAAUGUAAUGAAUCCGAAAAUUUACAUCAGACUGGCUUUACGAACGAUUAACACAAAAAUUUGAGACCCAUUAUGUGAAGGGAAUGCUAAAUAAGAUCUUUGUGUUGCAUAAAUAUUGUCGUUACCAAAAAUCAGUUGAGGGCUAAGACUCAUUGCAAAAGCAAUUAAUCAUUGAACAUGACACACUAAGCAAACUAAGACUGCUGAUUUUGCCCUACGAUGACAAAUCUCUAAAAUUUGUCUUGGAUGGCAAAACUGCAGCGAAAAUCACACAGUGUGCACCUGCGUUAUGCUUAGAAUGGGAUUGAGGCAGUGGUAGCUAAUGGACAGAAAAGUUAAAAAGUAUUAAGUGAUUGAAAAUAAAAUUGGAAAAUGUAAUUAAAUGUUGAGACUUGUUUAGACUAGAAAUCAUGUCCAAAUAUGAUAUAUUGCCUAACUUUACAUGAAUGCACACUCUACACUUCUCUGUAACUAAACAACAACAAAAACAUUCCACACCCCAGUAGAAUUAUCCUGUUUAUGACAUCACAAUGCCUUGGAUCUCCUGAAAUGGAACACUUCUCUUUAUGACAUCACAAUGAUGACUUUGAUCUCUUGAUUUGGAACACUUCUCAAUCGUCAUUGCAAAAUUCAUUCCACGCUGCCUGUUGCCAAUGGAGACAAUGGAACUCUAUCUCUGCCCACUUUUAAAAGUGUUGCUAUAAAGAGUCCACAGUAAACACUGACUGUUAUCUCCAUAUCUCACACUCUGAGACUGUACAAUGGCUUGUUGGGAAAUAUGUAAAACUCUCUUUAGUAUGUGACCACAGCAGUGUUAUACAAAGCACCACCUACUGCUAUUCAAAGUAUAUUAGAAAUAAAAGAUGUCUGGAAGUCACUUGUGCUGGAAGUGGCUGAAUGGGGUUCAUUCUCAUUCAAACAAACUGUGAGAGCUUAUCGUCUUAGUCUGUGUGACUAGCAGUUUAUUAGGAAGGAAAAUAAUUUGAGUGUAAACUUUAUUACUGUGCAAGAAUUGAAGUGUGUACACUUUCAUUUAUGGAUCCAGUGACUUACAGUUCUCAUUACAAAACACUAGAUUCAAAGGAUGAAUCUAAAAAAAAACAAAAAACAAAACAAAAAAAAACAUAUCCAGGUCAUAUUUUACACCAAAAAAAAAAAAGCCUAUUUAGGACCAUUAAUAUUUCAGCACUGUGAUAUUAUUUUCAUGCCAUUUUCCACCUAAAUUCUCAUUAUCAUAUUGCAUCCAAAAGUUUUAGUUUUUUGUAAUUCCAAUGAUUUUAAUGGAUAUUCUUAUUAAUACAUAGAUUUUUUUUUAUUUUAUUAUUAUUAUUAUUUAAAUCGGCAUCGACUAAAGGCAAUACAUCAAAUACUACCAUGAUAUAUAGAUAUGUUGCAAUUUAAAUAAUAGGUUUUCCACUUUCCAGUAAUGAUAAUGAGAUUUAUUAAUGUAUUUAUUUGCAUUAUGGUAUUAUGAUUUUUUGGGGUGGGGGGAGAUAUUCUUAUUGAAAUUGCAAUGAAUGUUUUAUGAAAAUAAUGUCACAAUGCAAAACAUUUAAAUGGCUUUAAACAAACAGGCUUUAAUUUCUUUAUGCAAAGUAUAAUUUCUAUUAUUUAUUUAUUUUUAGGGUGAAAUAUGGCCUGGACAUGUUCUUGCCAUGAAAUUCACCCCAAAACGUCCCUGUACAGUUUCUCUUGACAUCGUGUAAACCUUACUCUGGCUUCUUGUUGUCGAACAAAUUAAUGAUCUAUGGAAUUAUGAAUGGAUUGAUUCUUUACAAAGCUAUUAGGAGUUAAUAUGGAAGAUAAUUAGUCCAUGACAGACUUAUUAUACUUGAUAGGUCCUCGUCAUGCCUAAAUCUGAAAGCUUGUCCCUCACAGUCACAAUAAAACAUUGUUUACUUGUAGAGCACUCAGGAUUGUGUGAAUAUAUGUAUGUAUGUUGAGGGGAUUCUAAAUGUUUUUAUGUUGUCAAUUUAUCUGUCCGGUGUGUAGAUGUUUGUAUAAAGCUGUGUGGUGUGUCGUUCUUCUGGUACAACCUGUUUUCUUCUGCUAUACUUCAGGGCUGGACUUUUGUCUGUGGUCUAGUCAAUUGAACUGCAUGGAGUACAUAUUGGCAGAACUAUAAUGGCAUGCUUUGACUCUAAAGACAUGCAUGAAUGCUCAUGUGAAGUUUACAGUGUUCAUUCCUAAAAGGGACUAAUGUAUGCUAAUUUACAUUGGAUGACAGAUUCUGCUGCCUAUGUCGUAUAUCGGAAAUUUUUACAUAUUUGUCAGUUCCUAAUAAGCAAAAUUUAAUAUUAAUAAGACAGGAUGUCUUGUUCUUUUCAAAAAUGUUUUGUGAUAAAAAUGGUACCAUGAUCUGUUUAAUUUAUUUUCGUCAUUUUUGAGAUGUGACAUGCUUUGCCGAAAAGGAUUACCGCAACAGUUAAUUGCUUUGCGGCACAUUUUUGUGUUUUCACGUUCACUGUUUGCGCCUUUGUUUACAAUUCAGCAGAGAGAAAUUAGAUGUUGGCAGGCAUGUGGUUUUGAAGACAAGAAUGUUUUUUACAUGCUCAACUUACGCCAUCAGACAUUCUCUAACCUUAACUGACUUAAACAGACUGUUAAAUCAUUAGGUAGACAAAGCAUCAGUAUAAAAUUGUAAAAUUGGAAUUUCAGUUCCUUUUUUAUGAGAUUUUCAUAUUUAUCUCGAUAUCUGAAACCUAAAGUAUGGGGGUAAAUCCUACAUUAUCAGAAUCAUGAACCUCUUAACAGUCUUUUGUUUCCUGUUUCACCCAAUUAUUGCCUUAAGAGACAUUAUUUAAUUGACGUUGUAACUGUAUUUUGUUAAGUGUGUUCAUGUUUUCAACAGAAACCAAAAUGAUUGAGACCAAGUGUGCAAUAUGCUACCAUCCCCUUUGCAACAGCAGUAUGUCAUGCGAUAUUGCGCAUGCACUGGCAUUGCAUUAAACCCUUAAGUAAUAGUUGGUGCCUAUACAGACCCUGUCGCUUGCUUUAAAGGGUUAGUUCACCCGAAAAUAAAUAUUCUCAUAUGAUUUACUU